GAGCAGCGGUUCAGGAAACUGCUUUCUGGAGUUUGGACUGCGAGCAAGCCGGGAAUUUCAGCUCCUGCUCGGUUUCUCUGAAACUUUUUACCGCCCUCCGCCCUUUUGACACGAGGUAAUGGACUGUUAAGGAGACCUUUUGAUUAAACUCCCCUCUCCGACAGCAACAGAAAAAGCGAGCAGUCUGAAGCGCCGCUGCCCUCACUUCGACCACAGCCACAACAGAAGCCACGAUGGGCAAACAGAACAGCAAACUUCGUCCCGACGUCAUGCAGGACCUGAUGGACAACACGGACUUCACCGAACACGAGAUCACCGAGUGGUACAAGGGUUUCCUGCGGGACUGCCCCAGCGGCGCUCUCACCAUGGAGGAGUUCAAGAAGAUCUACGCCAACUUCUUCCCAUACGGCGACGCCUCCAAGUUCGCCGAACACGUCUUCCGCACAUUUGACGCCAACGGAGACGGGACCAUAGACUUCAGGGAGUUCAUCAUCGCCCUCAGUGUCACCUCACGCGGCCGGCUGGACCAGAAGCUGAAGUGGGCGUUCUGCAUGUACGACCUGGAUGGGAACGGAUACAUUAGCAAGGCAGAGAUGCUGGAGAUUGUAACGGCCAUUUACAAGAUGGUUUCCUCUGUGAUGAAAAUGCCCGAGGACGAAUCCACACCUGAGAAACGCACAGAUAAGAUCUUCAGGCAGAUGGACACAAAUCGAGAUGGUAAGCUGUCUCUUGAGGAGUUCGUCGAGGGAGCAAAGAACGACCCCUCCAUUGUGCGACUGCUGCAGUGUGAUCCCAGCAGUGCUGGGCAGUAGGAACCAGGACUCUUCUCACAUAAAUUGGCGCAUUUAAAAAAAAAAAAAAAAAAAAUCUCAUCUAACCCACCUGAGAUCCGUUGACAUUUGACACGUUGACUUAUAGAGGCCCAUGAAUGUGAAAUGCACACAGCUGCACAUACGGCUCAUACUGAAGCCCGACGUAAUCCUAUAGCUGCACCGUUCAUGCGCCUCUAUGUCUGGUCAAAGGCUCCGCACAAACACGGGUCUCCUGCUCGGUGCAAGUAUGACUCGAAGGACUGAAGUCCCAUCAAAGACUUGUUGAUAUCAAAGCUGUCCCCGCGCUGCGCGAGACAGCCAGUGAGGAUAAUCUAGCUAUCUGGCGAGGUGCGACGAGGCAUACCCAAGUUAGCUUUUUUUAAAUUUUAUUUUAUUUCUAAGCAUAAUUCUCUAUUUAAAGUGAAUCGUGCUCGUGUCGUCUUUGCGACUGAUUGUUGUUGCUGAGGGAUGACCAGCAGGUCUUGAAGUAUUUCAUCGUCAACACUGGAAAAUA